AUGGCCCCAAGGAAAGACGAUGAUCAUGAGAGACGAAGACAUGGUCGUCAAAUGACCUGGCAAAAGGCGUCUGCCCUACCUCGAGGCUGCCUUGGGAGGGUACGCAGAACCGACGUCAACGCGACCGGCGGAAGCUGUGCCUGCACCUGGCCAGUACCGGUACCUGAGCAUCGCCUCGUGAGCUGCCGCCAGGGAGCUCCGACGCUGUCUGAUCCGAUGGAAGGUACUAGGCCGCUAGGAGAGCUUCAGGCUUGCAUGGUUCGCUGCACGGCCCUGUCUUUGACUUCCGCUUGCCGAGUUUUAGCGCCAGGUGCCCGUCUCAAAAAUGAGCACAUGAGCACCUCGAGCCUAACCUGUGGAUCCCCCUACUGGAUCUCUGGCUGGCGCUGGAAGUACCCAGAGGCAGGUCCUGGUAGGUGGUACCAGACGGGAUUUGCGCGCAGCAGCACUUGUCGAAUUGUGCGCCGAGCCGGAACAAAGAGAAAGAAGAAAACAAGUGCGAGGGAGAUGCAAGAAAGGGAAAGGAUGCCGGCAUUGGGCCAGCUGAGCAAAAGAGGCCGUGAGUACCGGGUACCUGCACCCAGCCCAAGCGAGUCCGCAGGCACAAAGCAGCAGUACCUGACCUCUGCUUCCCACAAUAAGCGCGCCCCUACCGGCCUGUAUCCAUCAAAUUUCUCUGCAUGGAUUGAGUGCAUGUACUCCGUAGCAGGUCACCCGCCAUCGCGCCGCUGUAGUGGGCUUAGGCGCCCCUCCUGGCCAAGAGCUACUCGCGGAUUACCUCACAGCCCAGAGAUCGCGCGCAGCUUCUACGGCGCUCUCCUCGUAAUAACCUUUGCCGGGCUGUUGGCUUUCGGUACCUCUCGUGCGUUGGUCAGGUGGUUGCUUGAGGUAGCCUCGCCCCGUCCGCCCUCGCUAGAGACUUUUAUUACCGCGCCUCGCCCUCCCCUCUUGACUUUUCUUCCACCUCACCUUGGAUCUUUCUUUACACCGAGCAGACCAAAGGCACAAAGUCCAGAAGCAGAAGCAGGUGCCCCGCAUCGCCGCAAAAGUGUAAUAGUGCAGUUCGAGCGCAGCCAGCAGAAAGUCAAUCAACCAAGCAAGCAAGCAGUGCAACGCGGCAGACAGACAGCGAGUAAUCGUCAAGAGCAUCUCCCGGGCGCGCACCUCGUAAUCGGCCGUCGCAUCACGACCAGACUUGACCAGAAUUUCUUCUUCGAAGCCCCCGUGCAGCGUUUCGUCUCGCUGUGA